UUCAUUUUCCGGAAAUUUUGAAAGGAUUUCAAGUCAAAACGAUGGUGACGUUGUUUACGAUCCAAUUCCACGAAUCCGCAUUGUCGCUGUUGUUGUUGUUGCUCGUCGUUCCUUCCUCUUCUUCUUCUUCUUUUGCUGUCGGAUCGCAACGGAAUUUCACGACGGGGAUCUUGUUGCCGUCCGAUGCGGCGGAUGCGUGCGGUGUUUCGCCUCCCUCCCGGCGUUCUUCGUGCCCGGUCAACUGCUUUAGGACGGAUCCCGUUUGCGGGGACGACGGAGUUACGUAUUGGUGUGGGUGUGCAGACGCACAUUGCUCGGGGGCUAAGGUUGCGAAGAUAGGAUUCUGUAACGUGGGAAAUAACGGCGGGACUGGAUCUUUCCCUGGUCAGGCUUUACUUGUGUUGCAUAUAGUUUGGCUCAUUGUUCUAGGCAUCUCUGUUUUCUUUGGCCUAAUCUGAAUUUUCUUUCUGUAUUUUUUUAAAAAUUUCUAAACAUUUUCCUAUUUUAAAUCAGUCACCAUUA